GUGCGCUUAAAAGGGACAGGAUGGAUGGAUGCAGUGCCUAUGUGAUGAUCAAUGCGCCACCGCAAUGAAAAAGAAGCUCGCAUUUUUUGUCCUGGCUUUCACAGCCGUCACCAUACUGGCUGCCCGAAAGGGAGGACAUAAAGCGGCAGGGGCGAAAAAUGGGAUUGAUAAAAGAAGUAGGAAAAAUAUGAUUGUUAAAUGCUGUGGGCAAACAUCGUGCACAAAAAUCAAUGCAACAAGGAGAAUGACGAUGGUGAAAAAUUCAUCGAAAAUCUUGAGUCCAAGCAACACCAUGGCAUUGUCGACAAAUUCAUUGGAUAACAAUGGAGAAGACCAGUUUUUACCAACAGACACAACAAUGGAAAAUUUAGAAGUGUCUAUGGUUGCAACUGAUGAACUCAUUAAUACAGAAACAACAAGCACUGUGGAUACCUCAACCACAACAAGUGCUGCUACUGAACUUUCUACUCCCAGUUCUUCCUCAUCAACUGUUACUCCUACUGCUCUCCUUUUAACGACAUCUACCAAUUCAAUAUAUGCCACUUCAACAUUUACCUCUUCAACAUCAACCAGUUCAGCAUCUACUACUUCAACUUCUACUUCCUCAACAACUACCUCUACUACUUCUACUACUACUACUUCUUCUACUUCUUCUACUACUUCUACUACUACGACAACAACCACAAAACCACCCACGAAAGAGGAGUUGAUUCUCGGAACGUGCGAUACCUCAUUUAAGCAGGACAAAAAUUUGCUCAACACCGGUGGAACUUUAAAAGAACCGGAAAAAUAUGGAUUUUGGGUGCAGUCGUGUGGUCAACAAUUUCUCUUUGGAAAAUCUCUGAGCACUUGGAGAGAAAAUUUCAUAAAAUGCUAUCAAAUUGGAAUGGAGCCGCUGACUUUUGAGAAUUCGUCAAAGUUGGAAUGCUUUUCAACUCUGGUCUCCAAAUGGAAAUACAGUUCAAAUUACUGGACAUCGGGACUGAGGGUUAACAUAAGCGCGUUUUCUUGGUGCACUAAAAAUGGGUCUUUGGCUGUGGAUAGCACAAAACUACCUUGGGCACCAGGCCAACCACAAAAUUAUAACAACAGUGAAAACUGCCUCCAUUUGAAUGUGACAAAAGCGACGGCAACGUUUCAAUUUUCGGACAGGUCGUGCACCGACCUCCAAAUUUUCUCUUGCCAAGGACCACCAACUCCAGCUCCGUCUUGUUCAAGUCCCGUCUGCCCAAAUAUUACGUGCACCAAAAAUGCCACACUAUACACCACUCAGGGAAAUUCCCAAUAUUUGACAAAUCCAAAAUCAUUUGGGAAUUGGUUCACCUAUCAAGGUCGAUCAUAUCUUUUCAGCCCACCCAAUAAAACUGCAACCUUUGUAGAAGCUAUGCAAGUUUGUUGUCAAGUCGGAAUGACCUUGCUUAGUUUGGAGUACGAUUAUAAAUACAAGUCAAUCGUCGCUGCAAUAAAAGAAAACACGUCGUCUAGUGACUUUUUCUGGACCUCUGGUAGCGACCGAGGCUGCAAAGCGAAUUUCGGUUAUUGCACCGUGAAAAGGUUAUUAAGAGCAGAGGCAGUUUGGGCUCCUGGUCAACCAGAUGAUAGAGACGGAAACGAAAGCGGCGUUGUUGUUUUUAUUAAUUCCAGCAAUGCACAACUAUUUGAUUUUAAUGAAGAGUCCAAGUUCAGAUAUAUUUGCGAGGCCAGGGACACUUCAAGAGCAAAAUCUGGUGGCUCCGCUGUUAAAGACGAGUGUGCCUCUAUUUACAACGUCAGCCAAACCGAAAUUGACAGUCUGCUGAACAGUACAUUUAAGAAAGAUCUCAGGUUGAAGUGCUUCAUUAAAUGUUUGGGCGAAAACUCUGGCUUGAUGGUGAAUGGAAAGUUUUUAGAAAACGAGGUGUUAGCGAUUUUAGAAAAAUUCGCUGGCGGAAAUCUGGAUGAGUUGCAAAAGAACAUGGGAAUCGUGGACGAGUGUGGAAACUCCUCAAAUGGCAUGGACGAAUGUGACAAAGCUGCACAAAUGAUCAAAUGCAGCAGUGAGAAGGCGCCUGACGUGCUAAACGGCAUUAUUACAGCCAUGGACCAAGCAAUGCCAAUUGAAAAAUCUCCGUUGGAACCUGGAGCAUAUUGCUAUCAACCAACUUGCCAGGUCAAUUCUACACUUGCUGCAGAAGUGGCUAGUUGCAAUGGAAACUGCACAACCAGCACUGGAUACGUACGGACUCUAUGUGGCAAAAGAUAUUACCACCAUAUUUUAGAGUACAAUCAAACGGGUGCAUAUAUAACAUGCUGCAUAUUUGGAUUGAAACUAGUAUCAAUUGAGACUACUGAAGAAUUCAUGUGCAUCACAAGCUUAAGCACCCCAAAUUCUGCAAGGUGGACGUGGAUCGCAUUGAGCAGAAUCAACGGCACAAAACCCCGAUGGUGCACAUCAAACGCGGAAUUUAAUUUUGCAAACUAUCCUUAUGUCACAGAAAGGCCUGAUACAUUUCUUGAUGCUUAUGUCAUAGCUCCAGACCAAAAGGUUCUUAGCAUCACUCAACAGUUGGUUGCACAACACCCUCUGUGCGAAUUUCCCUAGUAAUUUUCAGGUCAAAUUUAUUUGUCUAAAUUUUUAUUGGCAUUAGAAAAAGUAUGUGAGUGGGUGGGCAGUCAGUUGUAAUGAAAAAAUUUGAAGCAGAA